UGGUUGUCUCUGCUGCUCCUCCCUCACAGUGUCGGUGUGCUCCGAGCUCUCAGCUCCAUGUGGUCUGAUAGAAGAUGAGAGAACAUGAGAGAGGACGGAAAGAGCCAGCGUCUCUCCAGCCCUGCUGCAGCACUCUGCCGGGGUCAGAGGUCAGACUGCACCACGAGCUGCAGGAUGUGUUGGGUUUGUGUGAGGAAAGAUCAGCUGGUAGCCAUGGCGAAGAGCUGGAGAAGGGCGGAGCCAAAGACUGUGCCUGGAUGGGAAAAGUUGGACACAGGUGUGAUCACCCGGUGGACAGUGCAGGUCUUUUCUCCUUCAUGACGUUUCAUUGGCUGACUCCUUUGGCUUCACUUGCCCGGAGAAAAGGACAGCUUCUCCUAGACGACAUAUGGCCCGUGUCAGAGCGGGAAAGUUGCCAUGCCAACAGCCUCAGGUUGGCGUCUCUGUGGGAGGACGAGCAGCAGUCUAAAGGCAGCGAGGCGUCUCUGUGCUCGGUGGUUUGGUCUUUCUGUCGGGCUCGUCUCCUCCUCUCCAUCCUCUGUCUCACCGUCACUCAGCUGGCCGGCUUCAGCGGCCCGGCGUUCGUGGUGAAGCGUCUGCUGGAGUACACCCAGCAGGACCAGUCAGACCUGGGCUACGGGCUGCUCCUGGUCCUUGGCCUCCUGACCACAGAGCUGGUCCGGUCCUGGUCUCUGGCUCUGACCUGGGCCCUUAACUACAGAACCGGGUCCAGGCUGAGGGGCGCAAUCCUUAGUUUGGCCUUCCAGAAGAUCCUGAAGCUCCGCAGCGUCAGGGACAAGUCCGUGGGACAGCUGGUCAACAUGUGUUCCAGUGAUGGUCAGAGGAUGUUUGAGGCAGCAGCAGUGGGCAGUCUUUUGGCAGGCGGCCCCCUGGUGGCCGUGCUCGGCGUUGCCUACAACCUUUUUAUUCUGGGGCCGACGUCUCUGCUGGGCUCGGCCGUCUUCAUCCUCUUCUACCCGACCAUGAUGUUCAGCUCCAGACUGACGGCGUUCUUUCGGAGGAGGGGCGUGGCCAUCACAGACCAACGGGUGCAGAAAAUGAACGAGAUCCUGAGCUACAUAAAGUUCAUCAAGAUGUUCGCCUGGGUCAAAGCCUUCGCACAGGACGUCCGCAGGAUCCGUGAUGAGGAGCGAAGGAUCUUGGAGAUGACGGGUUACUUCCAAAGCGUCACUGUGGGCGUGGCUCCCAUAGUUGUCGGCAUAGCCAGCGUGGCAACAUUCUCCGCCCACAUGUUACUAGGAUACGACCUGACGGCAGCUCAGGCCUUCACCGUGGUAACUGUAUUCAACGCCAUGACCUUUGCUCUGAAGGUCACUCCUUUCUCUGUCAAGUCUCUGUCUGAGGCGUCAGUCGCCAUGGAGAGAUUCAAGAGUCUCUUCCUGUUGCCGGAGGUUGAGGGCGUGCGUGCGUCUCCUGGUGACCCUCAGGUUGCUGUGGAGAUGUGUGGGGCCAGUCUGGCGUGGGACGGGGUUGGUCAGAGCGCUCAGCCCAGUCCAUGUUCCCGCACGGACAAGAGAGAGCGCGACAGAGACAGAGGGGUUCUCCAGGAGGAGCAGGUGACAGGCUCCCUGCUGAGAGGGGGAGGAGUCUCCUUAGGUCCAGAGGAGGAGGAAAGCCCCACCCCCCUGACAGCUGCCGCCGCCCACCAGUGUCUUCAGAGGACACUGCAUUGCAUCAACCUGAGAGUGAGACAGGGCGAGCUGCUGGGUGUGUGUGGGAGUGUCGGCAGUGGAAAGACGUCUCUGAUCUCAGCCAUCAUUGGACAGAUGACCCUGUUGGAGGGACGGGUGGCGGUUAGAGGACAGCUGGCCUAUGUGGCUCAGCAGGCCUGGAUCCUGAACGCGACACUGAGAGACAACAUCCUGUUUGGACAGGAGUACCAGGAGGACAGGUAUCAGACCGUACUGAACGCCUGCUGCCUCAGACCAGAUCUCACCCUGCUGCCCAACGCCGACCUGACAGAGAUUGGCGAGCGAGGUGCCAACCUCAGCGGCGGGCAGCGACAGCGAAUCAGCUUGGCCCGGGCCCUUUACAGCGAGCGGGACGUUUACAUCCUGGACGACCCGCUCAGUGCCCUCGACGCCCACGUGGCCAACCACAUCUUCCACAACGCCAUCAGGAAGCAGCUCCGUCAAAAGACCAUCAUCUUUGUUACCCACCAGCUGCAGUACCUGGUGGACUGUGAUGAUGUCAUCCUGAUGAGGGAGGGGAGUAUAGUGGAGCAGGGUAACCAUGACAACCUGAUGAAACUAAAUAUGGACUACGCCGCCAUGUUCAACCACUUCCAGCUGGGAGACACUCCUUAUAUGGAGGCUCCCAGCAGAAAGACAGGUUCUGGUCAGAGGAAACCAGUGGACAGUAAACCAGGAUCAGUGAAGAAGAACUCACCUGUCGUUAAGGAGCACGGGGAGGAGCGGCAGUGUGGGGGCGUGGCCUGGCCAGUGUUCCAGCUUUACAUGUCUGCGUGUGGUGGCUCCGCCUCCUGCCUCCUGAUCCUGGCUCUCUUUGUUCUCAACGUGGGAAGCUCUGCCUUCUGCCAAUGGUGGCUCAGCUACUGGAUCAACCAGGGCAGCGGGAACGCCACGGUAGUCCCAGGAAACAGCUCUGAUGCAAGCAUCGGCAUGAAGGACAAUCCCAUGAUGCAAUACUACACUGCUGUUUACGCCUCCUCCAUGGGCGUCAUGCUGCUCCUGAAAGUCAUCAGGGGCGUGGCCUUCGUCAAGGGAACUUUACGCGCCUCCUCUAGACUUCACGAUCAGCUCUUCCGUAAGAUCCUCCGCUGCCCCAUGAAGUUCUUCGACGUAACUCCCACAGCUCAAAUCCUGAACCGUUUCUCCAAAGACAUGGAUGAAGUUGACACCCGUCUGCCCUUCCAGGCCGAGAUGUUCAUCCAGAACCUGAUCCUGGUCUUCUUCUGCCUCGGCGUCAUCAGCUGGGUUUUUCCAUGGUUCCUGGUGGCUGUGGGUCCUCUUGUGUUGCUGUUUGCAGCGCUGCAUGGCAUCUCCAGGGUUUUCAUCCGGGAGCUAAAGCGCCUGGACAAUGUGACCAUGUCCCCCUUCAUGUCCCACAUCACGUCCAGCAUCCAGGGCCUGUCCACGCUGCAGGCCUAUGGCCGGGGCCAAGACUUCCUUGCCAGGUACCAGGUUCUGCUAGACCAGAACCAGGCUCCGUUCUACCUGUUCAGCUGUGCCAUGCGCUGGCUGGCUGUGCGUCUGGAUGUCAUCAGUGUAGCUCUGAUCAGCAUCACCGCCCUCAUGAUGGUCCUGAUGCAUGGGAGGAUCCCUACCGCAUAUGCUGGCCUUGCCAUCUCCUACGCUGUGCAGUUAACAGGGUUGUUCCAGUUCACCGUGCGCCUGGCAUCUGAGACUGAAGCUCGCUUCACAUCCGUCGAGAGAAUCCACCACUACAUCCAGUCCCUGUCCCAGGAGGCCCCGGCCCGGAUCAAAGAUCAGGCCCCUCCUGAUGACUGGCCCCAGCAAGGGGAGCUGGUGCUCAGGGAGGUGGAGAUGAGGUACCAGGAGAACCUCCCUCUGGUCCUCAACAGGAUCUCCUGCACCAUCCGGCCCAGGGAGAAGAUCGGCAUUGUGGGCAGGACCGGAUCAGGGAAGUCGUCUCUGGGCGUGGUUAUUUUCAGGCUGGUUGAGCGCUGUGGAGGCUCAAUCCUGAUCGAUGGUGUCGAUAUCAGUGACAUCGGUUUGGCCGACCUCCGGAGUAAGCUGUCAAUCAUCCCCCAAGACCCAGUGCUGUUCAGUGGGACUAUCAGGUCUAAUCUGGACCCUUUUAAGCAGUACAAUGAGGAGCAGAUCUGGGACGCUCUGAGUAGAAGUCACAUGAAGGAGAGUGUGUCCCAGCUGCCCCUGAAGCUGGCGUCAGAGGUGGUGGAGAACGGAGAGAACUUCUCAGUUGGAGAGAGACAGCUGCUGUGCGUUGCCCGAGCUCUGCUCAGACAUUGCAAGGUCCUGAUACUUGACGAGGCGACCGCCGCCAUGGAUGCAGAGACAGACGCUCUGAUCCAGGAGACCAUCAGGACGUCGUUCCAGGACUGCACCACCCUGACCAUCGCUCACCGCCUCCACACCGUCCUCGCCUCAGACCGCAUCAUGGUGCUCAACAAGGGACAGGUGGCAGAGUUUGACGAGCCUUCCAAGCUGCUGGCCAAUGAGAACUCUCGACUGUGCUCGAUGCUCGCUGCCAUGGAAAACAAGAUCUCAGUCCGAGGAUGAAGACGAGGAAGGAUCACAACGUGCUCGCCUCUGAUGAGCUGGCAGCGUGUGAUUGGACAGAAGGGUUUAAUAGCACAUGCUGGAUCAGUGACUGUAAACUCUGAGUGGAGUUUGGGUUAGAUGAUGACAGGAAGUGACCAGACGUCUCCUGACUUUUACCUGACCUUGCUGGAGAACGCCAAGAGGUCGAGGAAAGGUGUGAAGGAGAGUAAACAAGGAGCUGAGAGAGUGUGUCAGACUUCAACCUUCUUUAAAUUCAUACAACUAUUAUUAUGUUCUGUUAGUCACAUGGAGCCCUUUCAAAGUAAAACAUCAGUUUCAGCGCAGUCACGUCUUUAUAUCCAAUCCGCUCCCUUUUUUCAUAUCAGGUCUACAUGUCUACAGGUGUACUGGUCUACAGGUCUACAGGUCUGCAGGUCUACAGGUGUACUGGUCUACAGGUGUACUGGUCUACAGGUCUACAGGUCUACAGGUCUACAGGUGUACUGGUCUACAGGUCUAUAGGUCUACAGGUCUACAGGUCUACAGGUGUACUGGUCUACAGGUCUACAGGUCUACAGGUGUACUGGUCUACAGGUCUACAGGUCUACAGGUCUAUAGGUCUACAGGUGUACUGGUCUACAGGUCUACAGGUGUACUGGUAUACAGGUCUAUAGGUCUACAGGUCUACAGGUGUACUGGUCUACAGGUCUACAGGUCUACAGGUGUACUGGUCUACAGGUCUAUAGGUCUACAGGUCUACAGGUCUACAGGUGUACAGGUGUACUGGUCUACAGGUGUACUGGUCUACAGGUCUACAGGUGUACUGGUCUACAGGUGUAAAAAAGACAUGCAGACACCUGGAGACACAUUUUCAUUAUGUUCAAAGUUCAAAUAUCAGAUGAACAGAAAACGUUCAGUUCAGGUAUGAGUCUCUAAAAAAUGUAAAUGAAUCAGAGCAAUAAGUGAGAUCCUUUAACCUUCACCUCAGGGGAGUCCUGCAGGUGUAUAAUCUCUUCUUCUCUUUUUAAAGUGUGUUUAAAAUCUAUCUUGUGUGUGUGUGUGUGUCUGUGUGUGUGUGUGUGUGUCAUGUGGGUCAUGUG